AUGGGAGUGCGGAAGGAAGGGAGUGGGAAGUCUCGCUCCACCGAAAGUUAUCACGGGAAGGCGGCGCCGGGCGGCGCGGCAGCGGGUGCGGACAGAGACUCUGACGAGGACAGCGAUCCCGAGCUGCAGCAGCUGUACGUCCAGUCCUACGCGUGCCAAGUCUUCCGCGAUGACCCCGCGGCCACCGCUGUCCAAGAUGGGGCUCACCUGCGACCUCUCACGGUCCCACAGGAUCCCGAGGGGGAACCUCUGAUGCUCGACCGUUUCGACGCACGGUGGAUGCUGGACCUGUCUGACUUCAGCAAGGGUACAGGGUCCGCCCUUCCCGUAAAGCUGGAGGCCGAGGAGCGUAAGGCGGAUGGGCUGCGGUACGAGGGCCUUCCCAGCGGGGAUCAUUCUUUGGUGGUGGAGGGGCUUGGGCAGUUUGCUCCCACGGGGAGUUAUGCACACGGCGGUAGUCGUGGGGGCCUCGGGGACGAGGAAGAGGAGGAGGAGCCCGAGGUUUACGGUUACUACGGAAGAACCGCCAGCCCCCCACCGACAUCGGCGAACGCCGGGCGAGGUGCCUGGGCAACGGCCCAACCCCCUCCGCCUUCCGCGGACGCUGACCCGCCGCCAGCGCCAGCAGCAGUAGCAGUGGGUGAUGGUACCGGGGGUGGAGGGAGCGAGCCCACGAAGGGUGCGGGGGGGGACCAGUUUGAGGAGUUUGUCGCGGACUUUGGCAUCCCGGAGGAGCUGGUGGCGCCGGCAACGUUUCGGCAGCACAUGAUGAUGGUCGGGACUGCGAGGACGGCCGUUCGUUCUCCUCAGCUGGAAGUACUCCUUCGGCUCAAGCAGCAGGCCAACGAGGCCUUUUCCUUUCUGUCGGACGAAGACCCUGUACACCCCUACUACCUCUUCCUCAAGUCUUGGGGGGAGAGCGCCCUUGCCGCGGAGUACGCCCGGCAGCAGCGGCUGCAGGCAGAGCGCGCCGAGGCCCGGCAGAGGCAGGACCAGCAGAGGAAAGAGCGAGAGGCAGCGGCUGCCAAAGACCUGAAAUUUCUCGCGGGGUUGAGCUUGGGCGCAGUGGGCGCUCCGAAUCUGCUGGGCGGCGCUUAUGAAUCCUCCGAAGACGAGGAGGAUAACGCCUCCACCGCCGCAGCCGUCCCGCCGGCCACCGCCGCUCCCACAGGGACAACGUUGCCGCUGGCUGCGGGAGUGAGCUUGGGGGAGGCGGGGGGUUCGGUGGGGGAAGGCGUGUUGUUGUCCCCGGCGGUGCCAGGGGAAGAGAAGCGACAGGUGGUGGAGAAGAUGGUCGGCUACGUCGCCAAGAACGGCCAGGCGUUCGAGGACCGUGUCAGGAAGAGGGAAGUAUCGAACCCUACGUUCGACUUCCUCAACCCGGCGAACAAAUUCCACGCCUACUACAAGAGGCAGCUAGCGCUGGCGAAGGGUGAGCCUGUUUCGCCCGCCCCUGGGCAAGGCAACACGGGUGGUGCGCCGGCAACCGGAGGAUCGAGCAACUCCGACGUUCGGCGUGCAGCCGCCGCUGUGCCCGGCUCAAGCGCAAGCCAACGCCCUUCCUCAAGUUACACAGCUUCGAGCACAGCUGCUUCCGUGGGCGGUGCGUCUUGCGGCAUCGCGGUCGGUGGAGGUACGGAAGGAGAAUCCGCCAAGCCCGGUGCACCGGCUGACCAGGAGAACGGCUCCGCUGCUUCUGUCUCCUUGACCGCCGGGAAGAAACGACGGCGACCGCAAGACGAAAGCGAAAGUGGGGGGUCGAACGGCAACAGCGCGGAUGGGGACGACGCUACGUCAACCGCGGCGGGGCCGGUCGACACUUCCAGCGCCGAGGGGAACCUCCGGGAGAAGCUAGGGGACAAGCUCGGGAUAGCGCUGUCCACGGUCAACGAUAGACGGGGUAAGGCAGACGAUGGUAGGCAGGUGGUGGAGGGAGACGAGAAGGGCGAAGGUGAUCCGACCCCUGGCUCUGCCAGCGGCCGCCGUGGCCGUGUAUCCGCGGAGGGAAAAGUUCGCGCCGCGAGUCAGCCUGAACCAGAGGGUGCGGGGGCACCGUCGAGUGCUGCGGAGGGGGGUCGUGCGGACGACGAAGAAACCAGGAGCAGCAGGAAAGACAGGCCCCAUUCCAGGGACAGCACGCGUAGCCGGGUACCAAGAGCCGAAGACAGCGGUGGCGGAGGGAGGGAGAGGGAGCGCCGGAGCGGCGAGAGCCAUCGCAAAAGCAGGAGGGACAAAGACGUGGCUUCUCGUCGAGAAGAUCGAAGGGAUGGACGACGGGGCAGAAGCCGGAGCAACGGUCGAAGCCGGCCAAGCGGUGGCGGUGGGCGCACGGCCAGCGGCGGACCAAGCAGAAGCGACAGGGAUCGGUCAUCGCGGGCCGGAGAUGGUACAGACUGGAAACGGAGCGACCGUAACGAGAGAGGAGACAGAGACAAGACCAGCAGCAGGACCUCGGCUGCGUCUUCUCGAAAGCCGGAGAGCAGUAGCAGCAGGAGGGAACGGGACGGCAGGGCGGGGGGGAACAACAGGGAGAGGGUUCGCGAGAAGCCGAGGGGUGAUCGUGAGACCAGCGGCAGGAGGAGCUCGAAGGACGUUCGCAAGGAGGGUGAGCGUGCGGAGAGAUCCAGCAGGAGGAGCAGGAGCAGGGACCGCGGGGAGAGCCGGGAGCGGGGUGGCAGCAACAAGCGAUCGAGAAGGCGAUAG